ACUUGUUUGUAAACAAUUACUUCAUUACUCUGUUUACUUCUCACUCCGAGUGAAGGAUCUCAUAUAGAUAAUAACAGUUAAUUAUAACAUACUAAUUCGUCAGUCCGUGAUUUUUUUCCAUGUUACAAUGUUUGAUAUAUUCGUUUAACAAACAGACUAAAAAUGUGCUCCAAACGACAAUUAAGAUCAACAAAACCAUCUAGCCCUGGUGAAUGGUUAAUUGGCGAAUACCAUAAAGAAUUGAUAACUACUAGAAUUCCUUCUCGUCGGGAAGUACUCAGCUUUUUCUUAUUUCAUCACUACGAAAAUAAAUUGACAAUUGCAGACACUUUGAAAUUGACUACUCAAAAAAUUCAACAAUGCUGGGAGCCGAAAGUAACUAUCAAGGACUUUCAUAUUAAAGAAAAAAUUAAAAAAAUAUUCAACACUUGGCAAAAGUUGAAAAAGAAUCGUUUGAGGCUUACAAACGUCCAGCGUGAAAACGAGAAUGCGUUUCUAAAAUCUUUAGAUGAUAUGUUUGAAUGUGAACUUCAAACAAAAGAAAAUAAUUUAACAACGGAAUCUGUUACACAUUCUAAAAAGGCUUUGUCACCAAGUAAUUCAGAGCCACCUGUACUAUUGUCUCAAAAAAGUAAUGCAUCAGGUUGUAGUGUGUCAUCAUACGAAUUUUAUCCUUCCACGGUUAAAAAAAGAAAACUAACUGGACCACGCAAAAAAAAAUAUUAUGACCCCGGUAUUGUCAAGUAUGUUAGAUCGAACAAAAACUUCAAACCGUAACGCAACACUCAUCGUAGCUGCAACAUCUGUAUCUUUGAAACAAGAUUUAUCAAAAGCUAGCGUCAGUAAAGAUACCAUUCGUCGUUCUCGCCAAAAACAUCGAGCAGACACCUUUAAAUAUAUAAAAGAUUCAUUUAAACCAGAUACAUGUCUCACUGUGCACUGGGAUUCGAAAUUAAUGAGAACGACAACAUCUUCCCAAACUGAAGAUAGGUUAGCAGUAUUAGUCACGGGAGAAGGAGUAACGACACUUUUGAAUAUUCCUAUAAUCGAUAGAGCAUCAGGUAUUAAUCAAGCGACAGCUAUUUACAAUACAUUUUUGGAGUGGAAUAUUUCUGAUCAAGUUCGGUCACUAUGCUUUGACACGACUGCAAGUAACACUGAACUACAUGAAGGAGCUGCUGUUCAUUUAGAAACAAUGUUGAAAAAAAAAAUGCUUCAUUUUGCUUGUAGGCACCACAUAUUGGAGCUAAUUUUAACAGCAACAUUUUCUUCACAAUUUGAACCUGUAAUUAGUGGUCCCCAGACAAAAUUAUUUGAGCGUUUCAAGAAAGAAUGGCCAAAGCUUGAUAAAAAAAAAUUGAAUGUGGAAACAUUGAAGAUCAAGUAGGAAUUAAGGAAUUUAUCUUUGAUCAAUUAACAAAUCAACAUCCAAGAGAUGAUUAUAAAGAGUUAUUGACAUUAUCCCUGAUUUAUCUUGGUGAGCCUACUAAUUUUUCAAUAAAUAAGCCAGGGGCAUAUCAUCGAGCUAGGUGGAUGUCCAAAAUAAUUUAUUGCUUGAAAAUAUAUCUUUUCCGGAGUCAAUUUAAAGUUUAACGCUUUUGUAAUUAAAAUUUAUCUGAAAGCCUGGUUCCUUUGCCAAAUUCCUACUAUAGCCCCAAGAAUUGAUUUACAAUUACUAAAAGAUCUGGUCCAAUUUAAAGAACAAAAUCAAAAGUUAGGUUCGGCAGCACUAAAAAGUUUUUCUCGGCAUUUAUGGUACAUUAGUGACUACUUAAUUGGAUUGGCAUUUUUUGACUCGGAAAUUUCAAUUAAAACAAAGAUUAAAAUGGUGUCAGCUUUAAAAACACAAUCUAGACAACAGCCACUGAACGGUAUCCAAAGAAAAGAGAGUGAUAUCAUGAAUAAGGGAAUUCAUCAUUUCGUAAAUCAAAAUAUACGAUAUUUCUUCGAAGUCUUAAACUUGAGUGACGAGUUCUUAGAAACACAUCCUGCAACCUGGAAUUCGAAUCAGUCCUACUUAAAGAGUUUAAAUAUAGUUCGUGCAUUAAAUAUAGUUAAUGACACAGCUGAGCGUGGUGUUUCAUUGAUGCAGGAGUAUCUACAAUUUGUAAAAAAAGAAGAUGAACUGCAGAGAGUAUUACAAAUUGUCGAAGAAAAUCGUAAGUGAUAUCCCAAUACAAAUAAAAUGAAUUUAAUACGGACCUUGAAUAAAUAAUACAUGAUGUUAAUAUAA